AUGGGUGAGAUAGUUGGCUAUGAAUCUGCUUUUGACAUCUGGGAGGCUCUCCGCACCGUGUAUGAAUCCUCUUCUAUAGCACCUAUUAUGGGUUUUUGUUCUCAACUUCAAAAAAUCAAGAAGGAUGGACUAACAGUAUCACAAUACUUGGCUCAAAUCAAAGAUGUUCUUGAUAACUUUGCUGCUAUUGGUGAACCUCUAUCAUACCGUGAUCAUCUUAGCUACAUUCUUGAAGGGCUUGGAAGUGAAUACAAUCCGUUUGUAAGUUCUAUUCAUAAUAGAACUAAUCGUCCAUCCAUUGCUGAUGUUCGCAACCUACUCAUUACUUAUGACUCCCGAUUGGAAAAACAAACAGCAACAGAUCACCUCCAACUCAUUCAGGCCAAUGUUGCCCAUCUCUCCAUCAAUUCUCAGAACCGCCAUCCACAAUGGCAACAACAUAACAGGUCUUCUAUUCGAUCUUCUACACCUUCAGUAGGCUCUUUCCCAAGUAUUCUUCCCAAUCCCCUUUAA